AUGAAAAUUUGGCAUAUGGAGCAGUAUCCAAUUGGUGACCGUCGCCUUCCUCAUCAUGUUUAUCCACCAAAAUUGUAUACAACUGAUCAAUUGCAAGCAAUUGCUGGUGUCGUUUCAUAUAAGGUUGAUAUUGAUGAUGCUAAUGCGAUGAAAAAACGCAUAUCACGGGUGAAAGCAGAACGAAAAAUGACCACAACUGAUAUUUUUACUCUUGAUCAAAAUACAAACAAGUUCGAAGAAAAGUUGGAACAAUUAUACGAACCUGUUGCAAAAGACGUAGAUUCUGCAUUUCUCGUUACGGAUGGAAGCGCAUAUUAUGAUAUUGAAAUUGAUGAUGAUGAUUGGAUUCGUAUAAAUGUUGAACGAGGUGAUCUUAUCAUUAUACCGUCUGGUCGUAAUUAUCGUUUCACAUUAACAACACAGAACAAAGUUGUUAUUCAACGUUUUUUCGGAACAAAAAAUCUGACUCAACAAGGAUAA